CUGGCAGUGAUCAGAAGGCAGUGAAACUGCCAAGCGUUCGGUUGGGUUUCCACGGUUUGAGCUUCGAAAAAUUGGUGCAACAUGGCCGGACGGGUUAUCAUCGGAGUUAUAGCUCUACUGGCUAUUUCCAGCUUGGGUUCUGUCAGCGCUCGCAAGGGUUAUGGAUCCGGAGAACAGGAUUGGAACUUUGUUGAUGUUAGGACCGGAGCUCAUAUGUUUUACUGGCUGUACUACACCACUGCCAAUGUUUCCAACUACACCGAACGUCCCCUGGCCAUUUGGCUCCAAGGAGGUCCGGGUGCCUCCUCGACAGGAUACGGAAACUUCGAGGAGCUUGGUCCCUUGAAGCUCGACGGCAGCUACCGCGACUGGACUUGGGUGAAGGACAUCAACGUUAUGUUCAUCGACAAUCCAGUGGGCAGCGGGUUCAGCUACGUGGAUGGGUCCUCCUACUACACCACUACCAACAAGCAGAUUGCUCUCGAUCUGGUGGAGCUUAUGAAGGGCUUCUAUAACGACCACCCCGAAUUCAAGACCGUACCGCUGCACAUUUUCUGCGAGAGCUACGGCGGCAAGAUGGCCCCCGAGUUCGCUCUGGAGCUCUAUUACGCCAUACAGCGAAAGGAGAUCGAGAGCAACCUGGUUUCGGUCGGUCUGGGAGAUCCCUGGACCUCACCCAUUGAUUCAGUGCUGUCCUGGGCUCCGUUCCUUCUGCAGCUUGGCAUUGUGGAUCAGGACGGCCACGACAAAAUUGAGGCAUCUGCCUUGAAGACAAAGAACUAUGUCGAUAACGAGAAAUGGACACAGGCUACCCUUCAGUGGAGCUCCACCCAGUCGGUGGUGCUGCGUGAAUCUAAGGGUGUGGACUUUUACAAUGUGGAAACCCCUACCUUGGGCGACCAGUACAGAUUGAAGGCCCGCGACACCAUGACCCCCGAAGAACUCAUGUACCGAACUCUGGUAAAAUUCGACGUGGACGAGGAUAGGGAUCAGCUGCUGGAGGACCUCAUGCUUGGUCCCGUCACCGAGGCUUUGGGAAUCAACACCGGAGUAAAGUGGGGCGCUCAAAGUGGCACUACCUUCACAAAACUGAUGGGAGACUUUAUGAAACCCGCUGUACACAUUGUUGGAGAACUUCUCAGCAACACUACAGUUAGGGUGGGUGUAUUCUCCGGCGGACUUGACCUCAUCUGCGCCACUCCGGGUGCCGUGAACUGGAUUUCCGAUAUGGAAUGGACCGAUAAGAAGUCUUACGAGGCCGCUUCCCGUGUGGGAAUCACAGUUGAUCGAGUACUUGAGGGAUACGAAAAGACGGCCGGAAACUUUAGCAUGUUCUGGGUUAACCGUGCUGGCCAUAUGGUGCCUGCUGACAACCCGGCCGCCAUGUCGCAUAUUCUCCGACUGUUUACCAACUUUGGUUAAUUACAGAUUUUGAAGUUGUUUUUUAAAAAUAAAGCAAG